CCAUGGAUAGCUUCGGGAAACGUGGUCUCUGGGCUAAAGUCCAAAAACUUUAUAACAUACAUCCCGAGCGUAACCAACAGGAUGACUUAACGGUGGUGGGUGUAAAGGGUGUCAAGGAUGAGCUCAUACUCCUUGCAUCCUGCUACAUGCCACACGAUAGCGAGGCGCCAACGGCGGAGCUCCAUAGACUGGCGGUUACAUCCAGUGACAGGAGGCAGGCGCUGGUGGUGGGCGCCGAUGCCAACGCCCAUCAUACGAUCUGGGGAAGCCCAGACAUAAACCAGAGAGGUGAGUCACUAUUCAACGUUAUCAUUCAAAGUAGUUUAGCGAUAGCCAAUCGAGGUGAGGAACCUACUUAUAUAGGACCCACAUCGAAGAACGUUUUAGACAUUACUCUAUAUACAAGUAGAGGUGUAGUGAUGGAGAACUGGAAGGUGUUAGGUACACCAUCAUUCUCUGAUCAUAGGUACAUCUACUUUUCCAUUCGAUCGAAAGCGAAAAUAAGAAGUGUAGGUAGAAGGGAUCCAAGAAGGAUGCUUCCAAUACUGCAAUCGGAUCAGUCCUUUCACAAGGAACAAUCGGGCAAGACAGACCCAUAA